AUGUCAAAUUCAUCUAUCAACACUGAAGAUCCAAUACUGAUUUCAAGUUUUAGUGAUAUUGAAAAACCAGAUUAUUUUCUAGAUCAUACUUUACAAAUUGAAGAAACAAGAUCUGAAGAAUCUGAAUCUAGAAAUAAUAAAACUAAUAAAUUUAAAUGUUUAAAUAGAAAUUGUAAAAAUUAUAUAAUUGCAAUAAUUGUUUUGGUGGUGGUAUUUAUAUUAGCAAUAGUAUUUGCUGUUAAAUCUAAUGCUUUAUUAGAUGAUCCAAUACGGAAUGGUUUAAAAAAGGAAUUAUUAUCAACUCAUACUUUUCAACACCUAAAAGCUAUAAAAACAAAUUUAAUAGAUCCUUCAACUCCAACAGAUUCAAUAGGUGAUUGGAAUUUAGUAUUUUCAGAUGAAUUUACUCAAGAUAAUAGAACUUUUAAUGAAUAUGAAGAUCAAUUUUUUACAGCUAUAGAUUUAUAUUAUCAAGCAACUCAUGAUUUAGAAUAUUAUUUACCACAAAUGAUUACAACUAAAAAUAGUUUUUUACAAAUUAAAUUUGAUAAAUUUAAUUAUUAUAAUGAUUUAUUAUAUAUUUCUGGAAUGUUACAAAGUUGGAAUAAAUUAUGUUUUAAUAAACAAGCAAGAAUUGAAGUUAUGGCAAAUUUACCACAAGUCGAAAGUGGGUUAUGGCCAGCUGUAUGGUCUUUAGGAAAUUUAGCAAGACCUGGAUAUUUAGCAAGUACUGAUGGUAUUUGGCCAUAUACUUAUAAUGAAUGUGAUUUAGGUACUUUACCAAAUCAAUCAACCACUAAUGAAAGAAUGUCAUAUUUACCUGGUCAAAGAUUAAGUAAAUGUACUUGUUUUGGUAAUGAUCAUCCAAAUAUUGGAAUUGGUAGAGGAGCUCCUGAAAUUGAUAUAAUUGAAGGAUUAUUUCAAUAUAAUAGAACUUGGGGUGUUCAAACUGUACAAGUUGCACCAUUUGAUGAAUGGUGGAGACCUGAUUAUGAAUUUAUUGAUAUAACAAACCAAAAUGAAACUAUAAUAAGAGAAGAUGUUGGAACAGUAUAUCAAGAAUCAAUAUCAUUAGCAACUAAAUUAAACUUGGAUAAGUUUGUUAAAUUUACAAUGGAAUUUGAAAGUUUAGAUUAUAAUUCAAGUUAUAUUAAAUUUGAAAUUGAUGAUAAACAAGUUUUUCAAAUAAAUGGAUCAGCAUUACAUUCAAAUGAAUUUAUAAGUUAUAGACAAAUAACAAAAGAACCAAUGUCAUUAAUUUUUAAUUUAGGAUUAUCUAAAAUAUGGAAUCCAAAUAUAAAUGAAUCAAAUUUGAAUUUACCUUCAAUUUUUUAUAUUGAUUAUAUUAGAAUUUAUCAAAAACAUCAAGAGUUAACUUGUGAUCCAAAAGAUUAUCCAACUAAUUCUUACAUUAAUUCACAUUUAAAUGCAUAUUUGAAUCCAAAUUUAUUAACUUGGAAUGAAGCAGGUUUUCAAUUUCCUAAUAAUUCUUUAAUAAAUCAAUGUAAAAGUCCGAAAAAUUAA